GGAUUACGGGGCGCUAGCGUGGGGAACUAUUAGAAAGCAGCUAGAGAGGCCGGCUUUGGGGUUGCCAAGGAGCGGCUGGCGGCUGGGCUUCCGUUUCCGCUAACUGAGGCACGAGGAUCCGGCGUUCCAACCCAGCGAGAAAAUGCGGCCGCUGACUGAAGAGGAGACCCGAGUAAUGUUUGAGAAGAUAGCAAAAUACAUCGGGGAGAAUCUUCAGCUGCUGGUCGACAGGCCCGACGGCACCUACUGUUUCAGGCUGCACAACGACCGGGUGUACUACGUGAGUGAGAAGAUUUUGAAGUUGGCCGCCAAUAUCUCCGGUGACAAGCUGGUGUCGUUGGGAACGUGCUUCGGAAAAUUCACUAAGACCCAUAAGUUUCGGUUGCACAUCACGGCUCUGGAUUACCUCGCACCCUAUGCCAAGUAUAAAGUGUGGAUAAAACCUGGAGCAGAGCAGUCCUUCCUGUAUGGGAACCAUGUGCUGAAAUCUGGACUUGGGCGAAUCACUGAAAACACUUCUCAGUACCAGGGAGUCGUGGUCUACUCCAUGGCAGAUGUCCCUCUGGGGCAGCAAGCUACUGUGCUCUUAAGUAAUCCUAAGGAGAGACAAGGACCUGAAGUCUUCGAGCCAACAGCCAGCCAGAAAGUAUGUCCUGCAAACAACCAGCCAGUGGAGUCAGCACAGAAGCAGACUCAUCAGCCCCGGAAAACUCCGAUAACUGCAGCCGUAGCAGACAGCUUGACUAUGAUCUCACGAGAGACCUCCAGUUAGAAACACAGCUAAAUCACUACCAGAUUCCUGACCCUUGGAAACUGAGAGACAGUAUUUAUUUUUUUAAGCUGCUAAAGUUUUGGCUUACUUUGUUACACAGCAGUAAACAGUAAUAUAAUAACAAGAGAUCUGGCACCUGGUGGAAAAUGAAAAAGCAGAAGGGAGUCAACAUAAGAAAAUGGUUGACUGUUUUAAGGGAAUCUAGAUUUUGCUAACAAAUUUUUCCUAAUGAAGUGUCCAAACAAGAGAUCUAUGAACUUUAAUAAAAAACAUGCAGCUGAAGAUGAAAGCCAACAGGCUCUUCUAGAAGACAGAACUAUAACCCUUGGGUUCUGGAAGAGUUGCAUUUCUGAAUUAGCUGGCCACUUAAGAGUAGUUACAUGAAUUACCCUGAACUGGCACCAUUUCUUCCCAUUCAAAAGAUCCUUAAGCUAUUUUCCAAGUAGGCAUGGAUUUCUCCUCCUUUGCUAAUGUCUUUUCUGGCAUUUUAUCUCCGACACAAACCUGACUCACGGGUACUAAAAAUCUAUUCUUGUAAUCAUUCCUCCUUGGAAUGAGAAUUUUCUCAGCAUUCCUUGCAAGACCAAAAGUAGAUCCUGCCCCAAGGUCCUUAACUGAAUAAAUAAAAUAUCGGCAUCCCACACAGUUUUUUUAACUGUUUUUUUUGUUUGUUUUUUUUUUAAACAGGGUGUCUGAGUACCCAGCACACAGUCAAGGGACCAAAAGUCUUCUUUGCUAAGCAAGGUUUUAUUUCCUACCUCUCUACUCUUGAGAUCUCAUCCUUUUAGGAGGUGCUCUUAUCUUUUCUUACCAAUUUCCUUACUUUCACCACUAAGACAGUGCUGAGCUAUUGUUGUUCAGUCCCCAUCUCUGCAUCUGCUUCCACACCCCCAGCCUUGGUUAUUGGAGAAGAAAAAGAUUUUUCUGACUGGUUUCCAUGGCCACUUCAAUGUUUUAAAUAUAGAUAAGUUCCACUACUCAAAGCUACCUGAACCAUGACAUAGUUCCAGUCCCAAAUUCCUAGACACUCUACAAGCUUUUUUCUUGUCAAGAACGCUCCCUGCGCCAGCCUCCUACCAUUACUAUUUCUCUAACUGGCUGAUUAUCUCAGCAUCUCUGAUUCUGUCUGCUCAAAGGGAAUGUUCCCUAAGCCUCUCAGUAAUUGCAUGAAAGAGCACAACGCGGUCCCACAUUUUCCAAGGCACCAGCUCUUCUCCUUGGUCUGUAAUAAACAAGGGUGACCAAAUCCUAGGCCAGUUACUUUUAGCACUUUCUACAUGCUGCUCUGAAUGGUACAACCUCCAAAAUGUCAUUCUUCAAUGCCAACUCACUUCCUGUGUACUGUGGCCCCUCCUGUCAGGGCCACAAGGAAGACCAUCAAAAAUCACAAAAGCUGAGCAUGUGCCUCAACAGUCCUUUCCAAGACUGGGCUAGGAAGAAGGGUCACCUGAUGAAGUAACACCUAUGUGUGUGAGUUAAUGUGUUUUGAGUGUGCUCACUUGCUCUCUCUCCAUCCCUGUCUGUCCUCCACCCCACACAGGAAAUAUAAGCACUGAUUCCUCAAACAACUCUGAUCUUUGUUAAAAGAAAAAAGAAAUUAAAAA